AUGACUGAAGUUGAAGAAGCUCCCCAAGAACGUCAUGAUGAUCUCACUCAAGAAUAUCAAGAAUUUCAGAAUAGGUAUCGAAAUCCUAAGAGGACAGGAUUAUGUGGGAAUUUGUGUUUCAUGUGUGUUUCUAUAAUAUUGGCUUUAUCCAUUUUCUCUCAACUUGUAUUGAAAAUAGAGAUGGAUAUAUUCACACAACACGUAAAUGAUGGCAGUAUAAUCCUUUUGCAAUCGGUACCAAAGGGAACUUUCUCUACAUCAUAUAUUGUACACGUCGGAGGUACUCCUUUUCAGUUUUCCGAGUUCAGCCUCAAACGUGAUUCGCCAAACUUGUUUACAGAAACAUUUUUCGGUGAAAACGAUCAGAAAAAAGGAACAAUCCAUUCAAUGUGUGUAGAUCGUGAUCCACAAAUAUUUGCUGUUAUUGCACGAUAUCUCCGAGGUUAUUCAAUACUUCCAUUAUCGCCAGCAAAUCUGCCACUUGGUAUGUCCUAUGAUACAUUUCGUCGAAACCUAUCGGCCGAUAUUCAUUUCUACAAGCUACCAAAUUUGAUAAGACACACUCUGCCCGUUCAUAAGAUAUACAAAAGUCCAUUCACUGAAGACUGGCUGAUGGAAGUCUGUCUAAGUGCUGUGAAAGCCAAAGAUUUGCAUUUGGAUAAAGAGAUAAUACGAUUCUCCGGUAGAGACGCACAACCCAUUGUUCAAUUCCACGUGAAUGAUGUUGUUUGGGAUAUUUUUUCGUCUCAACAGUCGCACUUUCAGUUUCUUCAACCAUCGGACGCGUUCAUUAUUCAAUCAAUUCUAAAAGCUUUUCGCCCACAGUACAAUCAAGGCUAUAUAUUUUAUGCUUGUGAGGAUGGACCUUCUUUAUUUAAUAUUGAUGGCGUGGAGAUGUUAGGCAAGGAGGUGUAUCAAAGUGUUCUUGACAAGAGCCAGGAAUUGAUCAAACCAUUGAUGGGAAAAUGCGUAAGGUUAUAUUUGAACAAAUUGAUAUUUAUGAUGCGGAUUCCCGAUUAUUCCGAGUCUAGUGCUAUCACAAUUUUACCAUUAUUUGGUAAAGGACAUACUCAACUUUUUCGAUUGGCAUCUAGUGGCGGUUUAAAUUUUUAA